AUGGUGCUGGAGCCGGGAGGACCCCGGCGCCCCCUGUCGGUGGCCUCCUCUCCCCCCGAGGGCCCCUGUCGGCGGCCUCCUCUCACCCUGAGGGCCCGGCGCCCCCUGGCGGCGGCCUCCUCUCCCCCCGAGGGCCCCUGUCGGCGGCCUCCUCUCACCCCGAGGACCCCGGCGCCCCCUGUCGGUGGCCUCCUCUCCCCCCGAGGGCCCCUAGCGGCGGCCUCCUCUCACCCUGAGGGCCCCGCGCCCCCUGGCGGCGGCCUCCUCUCACCCCGAGGGCCCCUGGCGUUGGCCUCCUCUCACCCCGAGGGCCCGGCGCCCCCUGGCGGAGGCCUACUCUCACCUCGAGGGCCCCUAGCGGCGGCCUCCUCUCACCCCGAGGGCCCGGCGCCCCCUGGGUCCCUGGCGUUGGCCUCCUCUCACCCUGAGGGCCCGGCGCCCCCUGGCGUUGGCCUCCUCUCACCCCGAGGGCCCCUGGCGUUGGCCUCCUCUCACCCUGAGGGCCCGGCGCCCCCUGUCGGCGGCCUCCUCUCACCCCGAGGGCCCCUAGCGGCGGCCUCCUCUCACCCCGAGGGCCCGGCGCCCCCUGGCGGCGGCCUCCUCUCACCCCGAGGCCCCCUAGCGGCGGCCUCCUCUCACCCUGAGGGCCCCGCGCCCCCUCGUUGGCCUCCUCUCACCCUGAGGGCCCGGCGCCCCCUGGCGGCGGCGGCCUCCUCUCACCCUGAGGGCCCCGCGCCCCCUGGCGGCGGCCUCCUCUCACCCCGAGGGCCCCUGGUGUUGGCCUCCUCUCCCCCCGAGGGCACGGCGCCCCCUGGCGGAGGCCUCCUCUCACCUCGAGGGCCCCUAGCGGCGGCCUCCUCUCACCCCGAGGGGCCCCUGGCGUUGGCCUCCUCUCACCCUGAGGAGGGCCCGGCGCCCCCUGGCGGCGGCCUCCUCUCACCCCGAGGGCCCCUGGCGUUGGCCUCCUCUCACCCUGAGGGCCCGGCGCCCCCUGUCGGCGGCCUCCUCUCACCCCGAGGCCCCCUAGCGGCGGCCUCCUCUCACCCUGAGGGCCCCGCGCCCCCUGGCGGCGGCCUCCUCUCAUCCCGAGGGCCCCUGGCGUUGGCCUCCUCUCCUCCCCCCGAGGGCCCGGCGCCCCCUGGCGGCGGCCUCCUCUCCCCCCGAGGGCCCCUGGCGGCGGCCUCCUCUCACCCCGAGGACCCGGCGCCCCCUGGCGGCGGCCCCCCCUCACCCUCCUCGAGGGCCCCUGGCAGCGUUGGCCUCCUCCUCUCAGCCCGAGGGCCGGGCGCCCCCUGUGGGCGUCGGCCUCCUCCUCUCCCCCCGAGGCCCCCGGCGCCCCCUGUGGGCGUCGGCCUCCUCCUCUCCCCCCGAGGCCCCCGGCGCCCCCUGGCGGCGGGCAACCCCGGCCGCCGCUCCGAAGUUCCGGGGCCGCCUCCCUUCCCCACCGGGAAAGCGAUCGGUUCCUCAGGCGAUCGAUCGAUCAGUCGGGCGUAG